CACUUUGACAGUUGAUUGUUGUCCCGGUUGCGUGUGAAAAAGAAGUCGGUUCAGUUUGAAACUUUAAAAUUGCGUGAUUGCGGACAAUGAGACAAUUUAUUGUGAGGAAGUAAUUUUAACGAUACGUAUGACCUCACAUACUCCAAUUACGGUUCGUUGUCGUCGCCCACACUAUGCAAUAACCGUUUAUGCGAUCAUUGCAUCAAAAGAGGUUGAACGGAGAACAAGAUGUCCCGCUCCAAGCCACAAUGGCAUUUACAGGCACUGGCUGCACAACGUCGAGACAAUGUCCUUCGUCGCGCUGAAGAGCUUCAAAAAGUCGCUCAGUACUUUGAAGCCAAUACUAAUAAAUCAAGACAUCACGAACAAUGGACCACUGAAGGAUAUUAUGAACGAGCAAACAAAGAAGCUGAAUUAUUAAGACAGCAGAAAAUUAGGGCAGCGAAAUUAGAAGAAAGACGCCAAAAACUGGAGCUUAUGUUGUUCCAAGAAAAUAUGCAGUACCAACAGGAACUCAAGAAUCUUUCAGCGCAACCUAAAUUAUAUAAAAAUGGAUCAUAUCUCAACAAAGUUCCAACAUCAAUGCUACAAGACAUAAACCAAGGUAUAAUAGAGAAGGAAGAACAACUACGUAAGCAUGAAGCUGAAUUGCGACUCCAUCACGCAUGGAGACUGCGACAGCCAGAAUUGAGAGCUGCUAAUUCUUAUAUUGCUAACGGGAAAUUGAAAUCUGCUUGGAUGGAACAAUUAGUCGAGAAGGAAGUACAAAAGAAAAAAGAAGAAGAAGAAACACGACAAAUAUUGAAAGAGCGAGAUGAAACACUGCGACGUCAAAUAGAGAUGGAGGAAGAAAAACUGAAGGAGAAAGAAAUACAGAUGAAGGAGCUGCGUGAAAGUCUAGAAGGUCAAAUAGCGGAACUAAACGAGAAAGAAACAAUUGUCAAACAUCUCCGUAAACUGGAAGAAAGGGAGAGAUUGAUACUCGACCAGCUUCAGUUUAUAUCGUGCGAAAGGGAAAGAGAACACCGGCGGCUCGUGUCGGAAAGAGACGCGAAUAUCGUGAACAUGGGUCUCCAUAAGUACAAGCUGAAGAAACAAGUGAUCGCAGUUGUGAAAGAAAUCGAAUUGGACAUUCAGAUGCUUGAAAAACUUCGAAAGGCGAUCUUGAAGGAUUACGAAUCGGAACAAGAAAAAUGCGCGAACCACAGACGCGUCUUGGACGCCGCUCUUCGGGAAUUAGAAGAGCACAGAGAGAGGGAGCGACAGAGACAGAAGAACAUCGAGACGAUGUAUGACGGGGAGGCCAGGCAGAUAAACGAAAAACAAGACAAACAAUGGGCGAAGGAGUGUGAAGCUCGGGCUUUGUUAAUGAGCGAAGUGAUAUUAACAUUACGGAGUCAGGUCGAGGAAAAGAUUGAGGCUAACAUACAGAAACAGCGAGCCAAUGUCCUCGAGCGCGAGAAGAUAUUGGAGCAGAUGGACAGCUUCCACCAGGAAGUGCGGGCUAAGGAACGAGAAACACAGCUAAAGAACACAUCGUAUUCAACGGUGACAGCCUUACAAUCUCAACUGAACGGUCUUCGGCUCCAGCAACAGCAGUUGGAAGAGAAUUGCGCCCGAGAGAGUGAGCUACGCGAAGCGGCCGCGCACGAACGCAAACUACGUACUGAGAUAGCGAGGAUGCAACGCGCCGGCAACGUCCAGGCCUGGACGUAAAUACGAUUACGUAAUUUUAUUUGUAGGGAAAAAAAUCAUUUUGAGGCUAGCAACUUUUUAAUUCGGUAUUGCCAGAAUGUUGAUUUAAAUUACACGAGGUCUAAAAAAAACCUGUGGUUCGUGUCGCUUUUGGUCUUGUUGUCAUUCUCUAUGGGCGAAUAUAGUAAUUACUCAGUAAUACUGUGAUGAUUUAAAUCAGCGUAGAAUCUUGUUUUUUUUUUAAGUACAAAUCUAUACCGCUAUUUUUUGACGCGUAUGAUUUAAGGUUAAGGUUAAUGUAAUGAGGUUUGUUUUUUGUGUGAACUAUUAACUAGAGUCUCUGAGGAGUCUAAUGAACUCAUGUUUUGUGAAUUAUUUUGAUUUAGCACGAUCGGUUUUUUUUAGCAAUGAAUUUGAUAUGAAUUGAAAUUCACAAGUGUGAGGAACUGCAUCAAAAUUUGUUAGACAUGGCUUCUCGGUUUUUUUCAAAAAGUUUAAUAAAAUGGUGUCCUUGAAUGAAGUGAUUUAAAGAUUCCUUAACUCUCAAAUUUUAAACCCGACGCUGACAAUAAUGGCACGCCAGAAGUCGAUUGUCAUAUAAGAAAAAAAAACUGAAAUGAGGUGCCUAGUCAUUUUAUGUAGCCAAGUAUUUCUAAGAUGAUGUUAGAGAGAAUAAAGAAAAACUACUAAAAUAGUAGGUUUACUUACUUUUAUAGUUCGCUUGGCAAGAACAGACACAGUUUUUGAGUGUGAAAAAACUUUUUUUAUCUACAUACGUGGUUUUACGUGUUUGUUUUAGCUUAUAGGAUUCGCGAGUGUAAAAGAGAGACAGAUAUAUCGCUUGUUGCUAUUUUUUUUGUAAUCAAGCAUCAGGGUUAGGAACGAGUUUGCAAGUUUUAUUUCAAUAAAAUUUGUUAAACCUUUAUUUGAACUUCAUAAACAUAUUAAAAGAUUAAUUUACUUUUCAUUCUUUCUGGUCGUUCCCUCAAUGCUGAGGAUCGUGACUGUAUGUCAAUCUUCUCCACUCGGUCCGGUUCUGCGCCAUAUGUACCGCUCCCCAUAUCUGGCCUCCAGUCACCUGCUUGAGUUGGUCCACCCAUCUAGCUGGCGCUCUUCCUCUAGCGCGCUUCCCCUCCAUUUGUCCGAGAAUUGUGAGUUUCUCCAGGCUGUGCAAUGAGGAUCGCAUUAUGUGCCCAAAGAAACUCCGGAUCCUUUCCUGGCACAUAGUCAGCAGGCGCUUGGUGACCUUCAGCUCUUCGAGGAUGGAGACAUUGGUUCUCAUAGCUGUCCAAGGAAUGCGUAGCAGCUUUGUCCAGCAAUACAUUUCAAACGCCUCAAUCUUUUUGCGUUCCUUUUUCCUGAGACACCAAGUCUCCACCCUUAUUUAUAUAUUACUUUUCAUAUUAAAUAAAAAAAAAUACUCUUAUUUUCAAUUGUUUUAAUUAAAGAGGUCUCGCAUGAAUGUGAAAAUCGGGGAAACGGCGCAAACAAAACGAUCCUACAAAAUAUUCAUUUUCAAAUAUGAUAAGAUUGUUUUUAGAUAAGACUGAAUAGAAUAUAGCUAAAGUAAAAAUAUUGAAUAAGUGUAAGGAAAGAGUUUACUGGGAAUUUAAAAAAUCAGCCUCGGGGUAACUGUAUGUGAUUUUCAACUUUUAUUGAUGUCAAAUGGGAUAUUAUUUUUUCAUGUAGGUUAAUUUUAAUAACGUGUGUGAUAUGUAUUUGUAUGAAAGUGAAUAAAAAUAUAUAUAUUUAUAA